AUGGAUACCAGUGCAGCCCACCAGCAGACGGCGAGUCCCAACGGCACUGCGAAGCUUUCCAACCACUCCCCUGGCGAUGCGCAGGACUGGAGCGGCGAUGAGCGCUCCAGCGACGAUGAAGCCAACGACCGAAGCCAGAGCGGCACAUCGAACAAGCGGAAGCGGCCGCUAUCCGUAUAUCUCCCGCGCAAGAAGCCAGGUCUGCGCGCUGGCUAUGGACGAGAGCUGGAAUCAAGACUUGACAAGCUCGAAGCGCUCAUCGUCCAGCAGCAGUCGCAAAUCAACCACCUCUCCAGCAGCCAGGUCGCCACUUCUGGCCCUUCACCACAAGAGGUGGCCGCGUUCCGCAGCCCGCCGGUGAUACAGACACCUCACAUACCGCGUCCCGAAACGGCCCUCUUCAUCCAGAAGCCCACGUUUCCGUCGCAGAAUGCAAUACAGAACCAAUAUGGCAACGGAGUCACGGAUCACAGGCCUACGCCCUCGGUCACGGGCAAUGGCUACCAGUCCGAGGACAUGAGCAGCAUGAGCGGUGGCAUGUCUAGAGACGUCUAUACCCCGUACAACGACCAGUACCAGCCGGCCAUGUCGAGGAAUCUCGGCCAUGCAGACGCCGACUUCCCUCCCUACGAUCUUCUGUAUGGGCUUGUCGACCUUUUCUUCAAGCACAUCAACACCUGGUGUCCCAUCCUUCACCGUCAAAGCACGUUGAACUCGCUGUUCGGAGACGCAACUCUAGACGAAGCGGACCGAAUCAUACUACACGCUGUUGUCGCCACUACUGUCAAAUUUUCUACCGACCAGCGCCUGACCGCGGAGAAGCGCACACGCUACCAUAAGAGCUCCAAGGAAAAGGUCUUGCUGUAUGGCAUCGAAAACAGCUCCGUCAAGUCGUUGCAAGCCCUUGUCAUCCUUGCUCUAGAUGUUGUUGGCUGCUCCAAUGGACCUCCGGGCUGGAAUCUACUUGCUCUCAUUACGCGCUCGGUGGUCCAGUUGGGUCUUUCGGUCGAAAGCUACUCACCUAGCGUGGCCCCGCAAUUUGCGUCAAUAUACACUUUGCGCGCCAUGACGCUCCCCGAGCCAAAAGACUGGAUCGAAGAAGAAAGUCGGCGCAGACUGUUUUGGAUGAUCUAUGUUCUGGACCGAUAUGCGACCGUUGCGACAGCUUUCGAGUUCGCCUUGGACGAGAAAGAGAUCGACCGUCGAUUGCCUUGUCGCGAUGACAUGUAUGCGCGAAAUGUUCCUGUUGAGACGCGAUGGUUCCAUACCUCGACGCGAUCCGACUACAGUAUGAACAGACCGGAGAAUCUUGGUUCCUUUUCCUACUACGUCGAGAUCUUGGGCAUCCUCACGCGCAUUCACAAGUUCCUGAAAAAGCCGGUCGAUAUUACGUCUUUGUCCGACGUCGAGUCGUGGCAAAGUGAGUACCGGGAGCUCGACAAUGCUAUUGAACAGUGGAAGUACAACCUUCCCGCAGAAUUUGGAAACUCUGCGAGGCUAUUCGCAAAGCCAGGCAUGGGACAGAAUCUUGACAGUGGUUUGGUAAUGCUCCAUGCGGCUUUCCACACCACGGUCAUUCGCCUUCACUCUUCCGCCGCGUACCCAACCCAUCGAUCGCCCAUCUUCACUCCGUCCUUCAGCGCUAGUCAGAGGUGUCUCAGCGCUGUCGAGAACAUAACAGCCCUUUGUGCUACUGUACGUGAUAACGGUUUGCUGAGCAAACUUGGCCCACCCUUUGCGUUUUCGCUGUGGGUGGCUGCACGUGUUCUCUUGGUUCACGGAUCCACAAUCGACCAUCGCGUCGACCAGUCAAUCAAUCUUCUCGUCAGUACUCUUCAAGACAUGGGCCAGUACUGGGAAGUUGGUACGCGUUACGCUAGCCUUCUUGCACGUGUACUCUCUGAAUACCAGGAAAGUCAGCAAACCCCUACGGGCGCGAACGGUGAACGCGUGACGCCUUCAACUGUCAAGAUCCUGGCGGACAUGCGACGAUGUGCAUUUGAUCUGGAUUUCCUCAUUUCUCGACAGCCCAAGCUCAGUAACAACCAGAACCCUAAGGUCAACACUGUUACCCCGGCUCGAACACCUGCACCAAAUGAGCUAGAGUAUCUUGACGUGUUCGAUUUCUUCAAUAUGCCUCGACUACCAGUGUCGAUGGAUGGUUCCAUGAGUUAUCCUGCACCCGAUGGCAAUAUGCAAUUGCCGGAUGGCGGUUUUGGGAAUGAGUCGAAUAUCACAAAUUACAUGGUUGACGCAAGCUCAGAUUGGUUCAUGAAGCAAUCCGCCUAG